AUGAUCGGUCUCAACUCAGGAGGAAGAACUGGUAAUAGACACAAAACCAUCCAUUCUGGCUCUAUAUUUGUUCGAAUAAAAUGCUUAGCCAAUUCCACGCGUCUAACCAAAAAGUCCUUUCUUCUUCCAACCUUUCGAUCUUCCCAUUCAUUCCCUGUGUGCCCUUCUUCCCCCAAUUCUUCCCAUUCCACCAACGAAUUCUCUAUAAUAAUUCGUAAAUCUAGAUCGGCUAAUUGUUCUCGGAUAGCACCUGCACCAGUAGAGAUUUCUCGAUUGCGAAAUGUAUCGAAACCCUGGGUAGUAAAAAAAAGUGGGAUGCUGUAUUUCCAAGAUUGGAUUUCAUAUUCGAAUAAACCUCGUAAUCGUAAGAAAGUGGGCUUUUUAGUUAUGGGCCUAGCAAAAGCAAAAUUGGGAUAG